AUGUUGAAAAAGACAGCAACCGGCACUUGGCUUCCCGCGUGGGUUCCAGAGACUACUUCAACUAUCUCCAUCCUGUUGCUUGUUUCCUCAGUCGUGCAAUCUACAACGGGAGGCUAUGACGGUUCCAUGCUGAAUGGUCUCAAUAUCCUACCAUCCUACACCGGAUAUUUCAACUUGAACGAUGGCACCACUGGAUUAAAUACUGCGUCCGUUUUCAUUGGCGGAUUCAUUGGUCCACUGGUAUCAGGUGUCAUGGCAGACAGAUUGGGCCGUCGCCCCGCGAUUUUCUGGGGAUCAGCUUUGACCAUUGUUGGGGUUAUUCUGCAGACGGCCGCGCAGAACAUUGCCAUGUUCGUGGUAGCCCGUAUCAUCCUUGGGUUUGGUUCUGCUAUCUCUGGCAUUGCUGGAGGUGUGUAUUUUGCGGAAACAUUCCCCAGUCGAUGGCGCGCGUGGGGCGCUGGACUAUUGAACGAUUUCUUUUACGUUGGAGCACUAAUCGCAGCUGGAAUAACUCUCGGCACUGGCCAGUGGCAGUCAACAUGGGCAUGGAGGGCCCCUUCGCUCUUCCAGGCUAUCUUUUCCCUCCUUUGCAUUCUUACCCUACCAUUCAUUCCUGAAUCCCCUCGGUGGCUCGUUCGUCAGGGACUUUAUGCGGAAGCUAGAGUGUCCGUGGCGCAGACAAACGCAAAUGGAAGUUUGUCUGAUCCGGUCGUUAUCGCGAUAUUCAAAGAGAUUGUUGAUACCUUGAAGUGGGAAAAGGAAAACGUGCAUGACAUGACCGCUAUCGAGAUCUUCCGAUCUCCUUCGGCCAGAAAGCGACUGCUUAUUGGGAUGUCUCCAGGCCCAUUCUCAUGUAUUGCUGGAAACAUCAUCGCGUCAUACUAUUUCGGGUCUGAACUUGACACGGCUGGUAUUACGAACACGAACGAUCAGCUCAAGGCAAAUGUCGUACUGAAUGUUUGGUGUCUCGCAUGCUGCCUUAUUGGUACUCAUCUGACAGCUAGAUGGGGGCGGAAGCCCACAGCGAUGCUCUCCCAGAUACUGCUGAGCGCAUGCCUGUUCAUCAUUGGCGGGCUAUCGAAAACAUAUGCAUCUAACCCACACGGCGCAUCAAGCUCACUUGUAUAUGGCAAUGUCGCGGUAAUGUUCCUCUUUCAAGGUUUUUACUCUAUCGCGUGGACCCCGCUUCUUUAUCUCUACCCACCUGAGAUCAUGAAUUACUCUAUGCGCGCGAACGGAAUGGCGUUCUCAUCAUUUGUUCUAAACGCAUUCGCCCUUGUCUUCACCUUCAUAAUGCCUAUUGGUCUGGGCAACAUCGGUUGGAAGAUGUACAUGAUCAACGCCUCGUGGGACCUGGUUAUUCUUGGUCUUAUUGCAUAUUAUUGGGUCGAAACAAAGGGGAAGACUCUGGAGGAGAUUGACGAGCUCUUUGAAGGAGAGAAACACUCCUCGGUGCCGGAUAUCGAGAAGAUCCGACGCGGCCAGAAAGAGAUUGACACAGAUGUAGUUGAAGAACAACUGACUGCGGAGCUAGGCCCUGUAUCGACGAAGCAUUAA